UAAUGGCUUGUAAUUUGUUUCUUGUUUCGUUAUUUGUUAGCAUCUCGAUAUUUAUUUAUAAUGUCGCCGCAUUCGACGAUUCUAAGAUUGAAAAUGAAAUUAAGUAUAUUAAUUCGGUUCAGUCUUCGUGGAAGGCUGAUUAUAGUCCAACGAUGACUGCAUUUCACCUCAAGGAAUGGAAAAACAAGCUGGGAAUUAAACUAGUCUCGAAGAAACUCCACAAAUUAAAGAAGUCGUUCGUGAGUGGAUUUUCCUCGAUGUUUAAAUCGAGUCAGUCGCGCCAAUCGCGUAUUCCUCUAAAUUAUGAUAUGCGCAGAGGUAGACCGGCUUGUAGACGUUUAAUAUCGCUGAUCAGGGAUCAGGCAGGAUGUGGAAGUUGCUGGGCUGUGUCUUCGGCGUCGGUGCUCUCGGAUCGGUUUUGUAUCGCUUCAAGGGGAAAGUAUAAGCAGCCUUUAUCAGCUGAAGAUAUGAUGAGAUGCUGUAGCGAUUGUAAAUCUAAGAAUGGCAACGGGUGUGAAGGAGGCGAUGUCGUCGAAGCGAUGUUUUUUCUGAAAGAUGAAGGAAUAGUGACCGGAGGAGAAUACGGUUCUAAAGAGGGUUGCAUGCCAUACUCGUUUGCACCAUGUUCAAGUUCAAAUGGCACUGACGGGCAAGCUAAAUGUUCGUAUUCGACGAAAGACGCCAAAACUCAAAAGUGUCGAAACCAAUGCUCCAACUCGAAGUACCGUUCAGCUUAUAAAUAUGAUAAAUAUUUCAUUGAUGAUGCUUAUUUGAUGCCGGACAAAGAAUCUGUCGUGAAAACGGAGUUGAUGAAAAAUGGAUCUUGCAUCGCGACGAUGAAAGUAUACGAAGAUUUCAUUCACUAUAAAUCAGGUAUCUAUCAACACGUGACAGGUGAAUUCUUAGGCGACCAUGGCGUGCGUCUGAUUGGCUGGGGAACUCAAAAUGGAACCGAUUUCUGGUUAGUUGCCAACUCGUGGGGUACAUCUUGGGGUGAAAAAGGCACAUUCAGAAUACAUCGAACUAAAAGUAAAUGCGAAUUUGGUAAAUAUAUAAUUUGUCCUGUGCCAUACUGAAAUGAGUAUGCAUGCGGUAGGUAUUCAUGUUUGUAAUUUUGUCAUUCGAUUAACUCCGUUGUAUUUUAGUUGAUCGUUCAAAAAUUUUGAGGUUUUUUUUUUUUAAUUUUCAGUUCUGAUGUAUUUUUUAGAACUGCUUGGAUCGUUUUAGAAUCGAUCUAAAAAGUAUUUUAAACUGUGAUAUCUAUACUUUAAUCGUGUAUUAAAUAAUUAUACCUACAUUUAAAAACGUACAUCGAAGGAAAUUCGUUCGUCAUUAAAUUAUCGAAAUUAAAUAUUUCAAAUUAU